AAUGUCAGGAUUGACCCCAGGAGCAUUGCCUUCACCAUGUGGAAAGACGUUCCCGUUCCUUUCUACCUGUCGGCGCACUUCUUCGAGGUGCUGAACCCCGAGGCGGUCCUGCGGGGAGCGAAGCCGGUGCUGAACGAGCGGGGACCCUACGUGUACAGGGAGUACAGGUAUAAAACAAAUAUCACAUUCCAUGACAAUGACACCGUCUCCUUCCUGGAGUACCGAAGACUCUACUUUCAGCCGGACUUGUCCAACGGCAGCGAAAGUGACUACGUUGUUGUGCCAAACAUCAUGAUGAUGGCAGCAUCUGUAAUGAUGGAAAACCUGCCAAACUUUGUGAAGCUUUUACUGAGCGGAGCCCUGGCUGGCCUGAAGCAGGAGGCGUUCAUGAACCGGACGGUGGGGGAGAUCAUGUGGGGGUAUGAAGACCCUCUUAUAGACACAAUAAAUACGAUUGUUCCUGGCCUGAUCCCUUUCAAGGGGAAGUUUGGCAUAUUUGUAGAGUUCAACAACUCCCAUUCGGGGCUGUUCACCGUGAACACGGGCAUGAAGAACAUCAGCAGAGUUCACGUCGUGGAUACAUGGAACGGACUAAAGAAGGUGAACUACUGGCGGAGCACCGAGUGCAACAUGAUCAACGGGACCGCGGGGGAGAUGUGGCCACCAUUCAUGUCCCCGACAUCGCUGGAGUUCUACAGCCCUGACGCCUGCAGAUCCAUGACACUGGUGUACGAGCAGUCCGGGAAGUUCAAGGGUGUGCCCACCUAUCGCUUCGUGGCACCAAAAACGCUCUUUGCCAAUGGCACAGACUAUCCACCCAACGAAGGCUUCUGCCCCUGCAGGCAGUCCGGCAUCCAGAACGUCAGCACCUGUAGGCUGAAUGCACCGAUGUUCAUUUCCCAUCCUCACUUCUACAACGGUGAUCCGUCCCUGGUGAACGCCGUCGAGGGCCUCCACCCCAGCAAGGAGCAGCACGCGCUCUUCCUCGACAUCCACCCGAUGACGGGCAUCCCCAUGAAUUGCUCCAUCAAGCUCCAGCUGAAUCUGUACAUCAAGCAGGUCUCUGGUAUAAUGCAAACAGGGAAGAUUACACCAGUGGUCCUGCCGCUGCUGUGGUUUGCUGAGAGUGGAUACAUUGAAGGCUCAGUCCUGAAGCAGUUUCACACCAACCUGGUGAUGAUCCCGUCCGUGCUGGAAUACCUGCAGUACAUCUUCCUCGGGCUGAGUGUCCCGUUCAUUAUCUCAGCAGCUGUACUCAUGGCAACGAGUCAGGAAAAAUGCUCUUUAUUUUGGAGUAGCAAUAAAAAGAACUCAGACAGUAAUAAGGCCAACCAGGCCACUUCUGCCAAAAAGCUGCCUCCGGUUAAGGGGAUGGUGUUGCGGGAAGCCAGACUGUAG